AUGUCCAAAACUAUGUCCAAAACUGGUUUUGGACAGUCUAAAAUUGUUCAAUUAAAAAAACCAAUUGGACAAAUCCAAAACCCAACACUGCCUACAAGCAGUCAACUCAACAUCAAUAAAACUUUUGAGUCACAAAAGGAUUUGAUAACGAAAAUAAUUAUUUCCGCUUUAUUUAAAAUGUUAGAUAUCAAUGUGUAUCUGAAACAAAUAAGACGAACAAACAUGGUCAGACAUUUACAACUAUUAGACAAUCCAAUUGUCUUAAAGUUAAAGAAAUCAGAAUUCAAUCCAAUCAUAAAUAAAUCCACUAGAUUUGUUUCUUCUGAUGAUGAGAGCAGUAAAAAAGAUCAUCAACCAAAUAAAAAGAAAUCUAAGAUACCUGAGAAGUCUAAGAAAUCAUCUUCCAUUAAAGCUUCUAACAAAUCUACUGAAAUUGUUUCUUCUGAUGAUAAGAAUGAUGAAGGCCACCAACCAAAAAAGAAUAGCAAGAAUAGCAAAAAGAAAUCCAAAUCUAAGAAGUCUAAGAAGCAAAGAAAACAAAAACAAUUAACUUCUUGA